UCUGUCACCAGUUCUGCCUGUCUGUCCCUCUCCUACCCCUCCUUCCACCUAGUUAUUCCUCCUUGGAAAAGUUCUGCCCGUCCUUCCCUUCCCAUUCUGCUAGCAAAGAAGGGACAGCUAGGGCAGUGCCUUCAGAAGAUGUUAUUGAGCAUGCUCAGAUCUCUGGAGCAUAUUCAGUUGCAGGAAGCAGUGUCUGGCACUACGCCUGAAACUCUUCACUCCCUUGCAAGCUGCACAGAGUAGCUAGUCCAGACCAAGCCACCGUUUUCACCAGCAGGGGCUCAGAGCAUCGGAGCCUCUUCUCUCAUGGAAUGAAAACUUCCAUUCAGCACAAGUGAUCAGGAGUGAAGAGAGAGACUAAAAAGCAUGUCGGAGUUCUGGUUAAUUUCUGCACCGGGGGAUAAAGUAAAUCUGCAAGCCCUGGAGAAAAUGAACACAGUGACAUCCAAAGCCAACCUGUCCAGCAACAAUAAAUUCCUCAUCCCAGACCUCAAGGUGGGGACAUUGGAUGCUCUUGUUGGUCUCUCAGAUGAGUUGGGAAAACUUGAUAGCUCUGCUGAAAGCGUAAUAAAGAAAGUAGCACAGUACAUAGGAGAGGUUAUGGAGGACUCGAAAGAUAAAGUCCAGGAGAAUCUUCUGGCCAAUGGAGUUGACCUAAUUAGUUACCUGACCCGGUUUGAGUGGGACAUGGCCAAAUAUCCCAUAAAGCAGCCACUGAAGAAUAUUUCAGAAGCAUUAGCAAAGCAAAUCACACAAAUAGAAACAGACCUGAAGUCCCGAACAGCAGCAUACAACAACAUUAAAGGAAAUUUGCAAAGCCUGGAAAGAAAAACAGUGGGAAAUCUGUUGACUCGUACUUUAGCUGAUAUAGUGAACAAAGAAGACUUUGUGCUGAAUUCAGAAUAUCUCAUCACUCUUCUUGUCGUAGUUCCAAAGUCAAACUAUACACAAUGGCAAAAAACAUAUGAAUCCCUCUCCGCUAUGGUAGUGCCUCGAUCCACAAAAAUGAUUGCUGAAGAUGUGGAGGGAGGACUCUUCACUGUGACACUGUUUAGAAAAGUGAUGGAUGAUUUCAAAGCCAAAGCCAGAGAAAACAGGUUCAUGGUCCGAGAAUUUUAUUUUGAUGAGAAAGAACUGAAAUGUGAAAAGGAAGAAAUAAUUAAAUUAGCUUCCGAUAAGAAACAACAAUAUGGGCCACUACUGCGCUGGCUGAAAGUGAAUUUCAGCGAAGCAUUUGUGGCUUGGAUUCACGUAAAAGCCCUGAGAGUUUUUGUUGAAUCUGUCCUGAGGUACGGCCUACCCGUGAAUUUCCAGGCAAUGCUGCUGCAGCCCAGCAAGAAGUCUGUAAAACGCCUGAGAGAUGUUCUAAACGCAGUCUUCAAACAUCUGGAUGAAGUAGCAGCAGCAAGUAUAUUGGAUAUGAGUAUGGACAUUCCUGGCUUACAACUGAGCAAUCAAGAAUACUAUCCUUAUGUCUAUUUCAAGAUCGACCUCAGUCUUCUUGAUUACAGUUAAGAAUUAAAAAAAAAAAUUUUUAAAAAAAAAUCAAGCUUGACUUACUCCUGUGCAAGUGCCCAGUGUCCCAGUAGAGUUAUGCUCUUCAGCCACGAACAAGCAAAAUAAAAUGCAGGCACCUACUCAGCUGGAUAAUUUAUAAGAAUUCUUUUGCAUAUGUAGCACAGUAAUUUAAAAUUGUCAGUCUCCUCCGCUUUACUAUUUUAUAGUCUCUUCACUUUGUAUGGUUAGAAACAUGCUUCACAAGCAGGUAGUUUAUUUAUUUAUUUAGUUACAAAGAGGGAUCAUCAUCUUUACUGGAAUUUAAAAUAAAAUCAAAAGUUAAGAAUCUGGUGGAUAGUGGGUUAACUGGCAAUGUACAAUCAGGUUUUUGUAACAGAUUUGUUACUAAUCCAACAGAAAGGGAGGAAAUCCUGCUCUUAACCUUAAAACCAGAUGGGGUAAAGUUUUUAAAGGCUCCAAGUCACUUUUGAAAACACAACUUUAGAGCCCAAGGGCUUGUCCGCACUUAAAAUGCAACAGCACAUCUAUACCAAUGCAGCUGUGCCAGUGCAGCACUUAGUGGAGAUGCAACCUCUGUUGACAGGAGAGCUUCUCCCAUUGGUGUAGGUACUCCACCUGCCUGGGAAGCAGAUGUGUCGAUAGGAGCUCUCCUGUUGACCUAGCGCAGUCUACAGUAGGAGUCACAUAGGCACUUUUAAAAAUUUUAUCCCAGAUCCUUUAGUUAGAAUUUAAUCAUUACUGAAGGCCAGCAUGAAAUCAUCAUCAUCAUCCAUAGCUGGUACAUUCCAUCAACUUGUCAGUGUGAAAGACUCUUUAAAAAAGACAAUACGGGGUUGGGGAUAGAUUUGUAAAAUUACUAUUGUGAAAAGGAGCUUUCAGCUGUGCCAUCUUCUCUGAUACACAGGUCAGUCCCACGUACAGUAACUUUGCUAGACAUUGAUACAAGAGGGGGCCAGCCGCAGAAUAAUUUUAAUACCUGCCUUCAGGUACUAAAUUUGCCUUCAGUUUUCAUAAUAUUGAUUUUACAAACAGCAGUAAUUAUACCAAACACCAAAGCGUAACCACCCCUGGGGUGAAACAGUAAGUUUUUUAACAGUGUAAGAUGGGAAGCAAAGAACACCAGAUCCAAUGGAAAAUGCAGGGAACAUUUAAGAAGGCAGAACAUAAUCACCCAAGUUGGAAUUGGGCCAGGAUGCUGGACAUAACACCUGGAUUCUGUUGAAGAGACCAGUCAGUAUCAGUUUUAGGCUCUCUCUAGAGAAAGCAGCUACAGCAGCACAUUGACCCUUCACACUCUGGUGGGUCACUGGCUCACUACCCAACUCGGAGGAAAACUGCCACUUCCCGAAAUCAGCAGUACUUUUCACCAGCCUGCAUUUUCCCUAGAGAUCUCACGUUCAGGCAGCAACCCAGAUAUCAGAUGACAAGAUCACCAUCUGCGGUGGUAUGCUGUUUCCAAGAAACUGAAAAUAGGAGGAAAGGGAAGACUAGAAAGAGCAUUUUAAAGCAAGGUUGUCUGGUAUAAUCUUCAGGCAAAGACUGUCAAGAAGUUUUGUAGUGGCAGGGUAGUUUAAGAGCUUUACAGCGCCAUUCCUUACGAUACACUGUUCACUUUGCAACAGUCAUCUGAACCUGGACGGCUUUGUGUGCUAGUUUGUUGCUCUGUACAAGACUAAUUCUCUAUGUCAAAAAUAUCUUGUUUUAUUCUUUAAUUGAAACAAGCUGGUCAGGUUCCAUCUGAAUG